UGGGACUUAGGAGGAGUAUUGUGGACAUCGAUGGCAGAGAAAAUGGAUACAUUUGAGGUCUCAAAGGUCCUGAGCAGGGACAUACACAGGGGCGGACUGACAACUCAUGAGGCCCCCGGCAAUAGGGGAUCAUGGGGCCCCUGUGUCCUUGCCCAAACUCAAAAAAGCCUAUGAAAAAGGUACCAGGGACAUCUCAUGGGGUCCCCUACUGACCCCGGGCCCUCGGGCAGUGCCCGAGUUUCCAAAUGGUCAGUCCGCCCCUGGACAUA